AUGUUGUUUUCUUCCGUCCAAGCCGUUGUGGCUGUUGCCGGCCUCAUUGGCUCUGUCCAAGGUGCCGCCAUUGGCGUCGAGAAGCGUGCUUCAGCGGGAUGCUCGACGACUCACGACUGGGCUGGCCAAACGCACCAGUAUAGCUUUGAAAGCAGUGGCGGAACUCGAUCCUACCUGAUCCAUCUUCCUGCAAACUACAAGCCAGGCUCCGCUAAGCCCCUGAUCAUCGCCUACCACGGCUCGGGUGACAACAUGGCAAACUUUGAGAAGACGACCCGAUUCUCUGAUCCAUCCGUCAACUCCGACAUGAUUGUUGUGUACCCGCAAGGCAUCAACGGAAACUGGCAAGGACCGACCUACGCGACCCCCGGCGUCAGUGACAAGGUGUUCACCACCGAUCUCGUGAACCGAAUCAAGGACAACUACUGCGUUGACGAGACCCGCGUGUACGCCACUGGCCACUCCAACGGCGGUGGCUUUGUCAACACUCUUGCUUGCAGCCCUGACCACGGCGGCCAGUUUGCAGCCUUUGCUCCCGUCUCAGGCGCCUUUUACACCGAUGUCACCGGAAACGACAACUGCCACCCGGCUCGCUCGCCUCUGCCCAUGUUUGAGACUCACGGAACUGGCGACGAGACGAUUCCAUACAACCCUACUGGUCCUGGACGUGGUGGGCCUCUCCCUUCUAUUCCCGACUGGCUCUCGCGAUGGGCUUCUCGCAACCAGUGCACCACUUCGGCUACUGCCGAUCUCAAUACUGGUGUCCACGAUACUAGGUGGAAGUGUGCGGGCAUUGACAGCUUGCUGCGACACAUCAAGAUUGAUGGAGCGCCCCACGCAUGGCCCGCGAUUUCAAAGGUUGACGUCUCGAAAGAGGUUAUUAAUUUCUUUUCUGUCAACUUUAAGCCAUAA